AUGGAGAAAGAAUCCGCAUUCGGGAGGGACGAGAAUGAUACUGAUAAGGUGACUAAGACUGAUAACGAAAAUUUGAACGAAGAUGAUGAGAGCAGCGACAAUGAUUCCGUCUCGUCAUAUGAUAUCUUACCUCCGGAUGAUUUUCAUAAUAAUGAACAUGGCGCAAAUAGUGAAAACGAAGAUGUGGAUGUUGACAAUGUGCAACAUAGUUGGCAGGAAUCAUUUGCAGAUAACUUGAGCCAGGAGGAGUCAGAUGAUCCUAGCGUUGAUCACGAUGAGGGAGAGAUCGAUAUUGAGGAGGCUCAAAGGCAGCAGAAGAUGCUUGAGACAUAUUGGAAGGUCAUGGCUAUGACCUUUCGGUCGCAAGGGGAUGCAUACAUAUUCUACAACAAUCACGCCAGAGAGCACGGGUUUAGCAUCAGGAAACAGAAGGUGAAACGAGGUGCUUCGGGAAUGAUACGGUACCGGCGGUUUCUUUGCUCCAGGGCUGGGAGAAGGCAGAGCAAGUUCAUAACCAUGGAGGGCCGCAAGCGCAGGCUUAGACCGGAGACUCGUUGCGACUGCAGUGCACAUAUGAUGGUGAAGCUGGACAGAGAACGUGGCGUUUGGUUCGUCGCAUCAUUCGUGGAUGAUCACAACCACGCGAUGGCUCGGCCCGACGAGGUUUGUCUUUUGUGGUCACAUAGACGGAUUGGAGAUGGCCAGAGGGCCGAGAUAUUGGCGAUGGAAGCGGCCGGGAUAAGAAAGCAUAUUAUAAUGGACAACUUCAUCAGCAGAUACGGUUCGUACGAUAAGUGCGGGCUUAUCAGGAGGGACAUUUACAAUCUUUGUUGCAGAGAAAAAAUGAAGCUCAUUGCAAAGGGUGAUGCAGAGACGGCAGUUGGCAUUAUGAGGAGCAGGAAGGAGAAGGACCCUGAGUUUUUUUUUUUUGAGUAUGUGCGUGACAAGGAAGGGCGACUGAAGAGUAUGUUCUGGUGCGAUGCACAGUCGCGGAGGGACUAUCAGGACUACGGAGAUGUGGUCGUGUUUGAUAGCACGUAUAAGAUGAACAGAUACGGUAUGCCGUUCGUCCCCUUUGUCGGAGUUAACAACCACCGUUGCACCACAGUGUUUGGUUGUGCCAUCAUUGCUGACGAGACGGAAGGGACAUACGUGUGGCUGCUGCAGACAUUUAUGAAGGCAAACUGUCAGGUGAAGCCAAAGUCAAUAAUCACAGACAGUGACGCUGCAAUGAUCCGGGCUAUUCGGACUGUCCUUUCAGAUGUUUUCCAUCGUCUUUGCUCCUGGCAUAUCGAGAAAAAUAUGCAGAGGCACCUGCAUUACAAGUCACUGGAUGAGUUCAGAUCGCUCCUGUACUAUGCCACCUCUCAAGCGAACUUUGAGCAGAGAUGGAAAGCUUUCUAUGAUAAGUGGAAGACGGAUAGAACUGAAGAGUGGCUUGACAGGAUGUACAGGAAGAGGAGACUUUGGGCAGCUUCAUAUCUUUCCGAUGGUUUUUUCCUUGGUAUGCGAAGUAACCAGAGGAGUGAAAGCCUCAACUCCUGCCUUCACCUUCACCUGGACUACGGUAUGACAAUUGUUGAUUUGGUGGUGCAUUAUGAGAACUGUAUAGUUCGCCUGCGUGAGAACGAGGCGUACGAUGACUGCGAGGCAUUCCAGAAGGAACCACCGUCGGUUACUAAAUAUAAGGCCCUUGAGGAGCAUGCCGCCAAAGUAUUCACACCUGCUAAUUUCUACAUCCUGCAAGAUGAUUUGCAUAAGAUGGGUCAGCUGGAGAUAUUUGAGACGCUCGUGGGAAUUGGGCGUCAGACAUUCAUGGUGACAUGGAAGGAUAACCACAAGUUCAGGUACAAUGUUGUUUAUGAACCAGCAAAUGAUCCCUUCUUGUUCGACGAGUUGAUGAAGUGUCUGGACAACAUAAUAGCGCAGAAAAAGAUUUCAGAGGAGGAACUUAUAGGAAGUAGAAGGUAUGCUAUGCUUAAGAAGGAGGCAAGUCAGGCACAACAAGUUGAGCCUGGUAUUGGUGAUCCUUAG